GAGGGGAACGGAAGACGGCUCUGGUUGGGAGGAGAAGGACGCGAAAAGGUGUUGUCACAAACCUUGGAAUACAGAGAAAGGAAAGUUGAUUUGACUGGGCAAUGAUCAGAGAGACAAUGAAGGCCUGGAGUGACAGUCAGUUGGACCUUUACAACAGUGACCUAGAAGAAGAGGAAGAGAUGAUUUUUGGAGAAAAUGAAGACGACUUGGAAGAGAUGAUGGACUUAAGCGACCUGCCUACCUCACUCUUUGCUUGUAGUGUUCAUGAAGCAGUAUUUGAAGUUCAAGAAGAAAAGGAAAGAUUCGAAGCGCUUUUCUCCGUCUACGAUGAUCACGUUACAUUCCAGCUUUUUAAAAGCUUUAGAAGAGUAAGGAUAAACUUUAGCAAUCCGGAAGCGGCAGCGAGGGCACGGAUAGAACUGCACGAGACUGACAUCGGUGGGAAAAAGCUGAAGCUGUAUUUUGCUCAGGCCCAGAUGCCCAGCGAAGCGGGAGACAAAUCUUACCUCUUGCCCCCGCAGCCUGACAAGCAGUUUCUGAUUUCACCGCCUGCCUCUCCACCUGUAGGAUGGAAACAGAGUGAAGACGCCACACCUAUGAUAAACUAUGACUUGCUCUGCGCUGUUUCAAAAUUGGGCCCUGGGGAGAAGUACGAGCUUCACGCAGGAACAGAGUCCACCCCGAGCGUGGUCGUCCACGUGUGCGAAAGCGAAACGGAAGAAGAGGACGAAAUUAAAAACCCCAAACAGAAGAUUGUGCAGACGAAGCGCCCCGACCCGCCACCCACGUUGCUGAGCGAAACAAAAACUUUUGAAUGUCCACUGGAGGUAGGGGGUGGGAUGCACUUUUGAUCUGAGG